CCUCCUCGCCCCGGUUCCGGUAGUUGGUAUAGUCCGAGACGGUAUGGCUGCUGCACUUCGGCCCUCGAGUCGAGUUUUCCUGCAGGCACCGCAGAUUUGGGUGUAUCCUGGGGUGGGAGGCUCCGGCUCUGUCAGCUGCCGCUGCCCUCUCGGAGCUAAAAGAUACCUACUUACAGAUAAUGUGGUGAAAUUAAAAGAAUUUCAGCAACAGAAAGUGGCUGUUGCAUGCAGUCUUCCUGGCACUAAAGAAACCUAUUUUAGAAACUUGAAAGAGAAACUGACCCAGAACAAGCUCAUCUUGAAGGAGGAGUUGAUAACCUUACUUCAUUUGUGUGAGUCCCGGGACCAUGUGGAGCUGGCUAAAAAUGUCAUUUACAGGUACCAUGCAGAGAACAAAAAUAUUACUUUGGGGGAGUAUAAGUUUGGACCGCUUUUUAUGAGGCUGUGUUACGAGUUGGAUCUCGAGGAAUCUGCAGUGGAGUUCUUGAAAGACCAGCAUUUACGAGGUUUCUUCUCAGACUCCACAUCAUUCAAUAUUUUGAUGGACAUGUUAUUUAUCAAAGGCAAAUAUGAAAGUGCUUUGGAAGUAUUGGUAGAGAUGAAAAACCAAAAUGUGAAGUUCACCAAAGAUACCUAUGUUCUUGCUUUUGCAAUUUGCUACAAACUGAAUAGCCCUGAGUCUUUCAAAAUCUGUACUACAUUAAGAGAAGAAGCUCUACUCAAAGGAGAAAUUCUCUCCAGGAGAGCAUGCUGUUUUGCUGUGGCAUUAGCUCUGAAUCAGAAUGAGGUGGCAAAAGCUGUGUCCAUUUUUUCUCAAAUCAUGAAUCCAGAAAGCAUAGCCUGCACUAAUUUAAAUGUUAUAAUCCAUAUCCAGUCAAAUACAUUGGAAAACCUGAUAGAGACUCUAACAAAUGCUGCAGAAGGAAAUUUAUCAAAAUUUGUGAAAAGAUGUAUGUUCUCAGAGGAAGUGCUGGCCAAAGUGAGGGAAAAAGUGAAGGAUGUGCCUGCCCUUUUGGCCAAAUUUGAUGAGAUCUAUGGGAAACUACACGUCAGUGGCCAGGUCACCAAUUAUUCUUUGGAUGCUGUGCUCUGCUACACCCCCAGGGACAGGAAAUCCCACACGUUGCUGUUAAACAAGAGGAUGGUCAGCCGUCGCACCUUCCGGCCACUCAACCAGUCCCUGUUGGCUGAGUAACCCUGGUUUCAGUCCACCUAUGGAUCUGAGGGGCCUGCUUCUAGUGAGUUGUUGCCUUUCCUAAGAAGUCAGGCAUCGCACUUCAGCAGACACUGUGCUGACACUUGGUCUCCUCCUGAAAUUCCCAGAUUCACUGAAUGGUACCAUGUCCAUCUGUGAGAAGUUAUGUUGCAUCACUGUGAAGGUCUAGAUGCAAGCUUGGCUCCCUCAGAAAGACACUUCCCUUUUGCACUGCUGAGGAUCCUUGAAGGAACAUGGUCAGUCUCCAGUUCAGCUUCUGGCACCAGAGUGGAACCCAGUAAGCACCAUCAGGAAUGAAUUUCACUACAACUGUGGACGCCUCUGAUUUUCAAGGGAGUAGUUACUUGCAAAUUACAUCCUUGCUGAAUUCAGGAGGUCUAAAACCCUACUCUACCAUGUUAGAAAACAGCCCAGGAUUUUCUCAUUGCUCUGCCAUCAUAUAUAUCUAUGACUAGGGCCCUCAUUUUUCCAUCUGCAAAACAAUAAUGCCUAUGUGUAUUUGCAUAUA